GCUUGGAAUGGCAGGUUGUUCCAUCCACUCUUCUUGUCUUCAACCCCUUGGUGAGCUGGGAUUACCAGAACCCCAAACGAUGUCUUCUCACAAAGAUCUGUGCUGCCCUCGCCCGUCAUGCUGUCCCGACGUCUGCCCACAACCAUACGUUGAUGCCUGGAACCAGCCUUGUGUUACAUCGUGCGGUGACUCAAGUGCCGUGGUCUAUCCACCCCCAGUGAUAGUGCGGUUCCCAGGACCCAUUCUCGCCACCUGCCCUCAAGAGAGCUUCGUGGGAACUUCCCUACCAAAUGUCCCCUAUGGCUACGGGGGUUCCUAUGCAGGCGGCAACUUCGGUGGGUCCGUCAGUGCUGGGAGUGUCUCCGGUGGUACAUACGGGGGUUUAUAUAGCUAUGGGAAGAGAUAUGAUAGGAAGUGCUAUCCUUCUCGUUUUGGAGGUUGUGGGCCAUGUUAAACCCAGAAGCAAGUUCUGUGGAGCAAGGAACAACCCAGAAAUGAGCACCUGCAAUUGCACUUGAAAUUAAUGGGGUGUUGAAAGCGUUUGCUGCCUGAAUAAAUCAUGUUCCCUAUGCCUUCUGUCCCUUAGCUUGAUGGUCUCAAUGGUUUUACAGCUUAAUCCUAUGCUCACAUUAAUCCUAUGCUUUGCCCUAUCUGAUGCUGAAAUGUCCGUGAGAAUCUUAAAUGUUGUGAAAAAUGGGAUGUGAUUUUCAAAUCGACAUCUACAAAAAUGCAGCACGAUCACCUUGAAGAUCGUAUCAGAGAGGCAGCCUUGUUCACCUGGGUCUGCAAGAACAACCAGGAGGCCUGUGGCACCUUAGAGACUAGCAGAUUUAUUUUGGCAGCAGCAAUUAUGGGCCAAACUCCACUUUGUCAGAUGCAUUUUCUUGGAGUCAGUAAUUGUGGGUAGUUCUUCUUGCAACCCAUAAAAUACAUUCUCUGUACUCUGCAUUGCUACAUUCUGUGAGUGCAAUGCCCAAUGCUCAUUGAAAUA